UGUAUACGGUGUUUUAACUCGCCGGUAAAACUCUGAGAGCACGAGCUCGCGAUCCUCAGUCGCGUGUGACACGCGGCCUCAGUCGCAGCGUCCGCGGUCAGGACCGUUUCUCGCGUGCGAACCACCACGUUUGCGUUCAUGAGUCGGAACUUGUUGCGACGGAGAAGUCGAAAGUGGAGGUAGUGGCCGAGGACCGUGUCUCGAACAGUUUCUCGAUUUCGACCGUUCCUACUCGACGAUUCGACACUGAUGCUUACGCAGAAUUCAGAUUUACCGUUUCUACCAAUGGUGAAAGUGAAACGUUUUUGUACCAAAUGAUAGUUUGAAAUUCUCCUUGUCGAAGAUUGGACGAUUCACGUUGGACAGGCCUUUUUUUUUGUCGGCCUGAUGAACAACAUCGUAUAGACGAGCGACGUGGUCGAUCGGCCGAGUCAGCGUCGGCUUCAACCAGCUCGGCUCGAAGAGACGCGGGUCAGAUCGCGAGUCGAAAGGAAACGCGUCAAGCGUCCUGCGAUCGGCUCCCGUUAAAACGAACCAAGUAUUCUAUCAACAGGUUCGUUCGGCGGACGCGACGCAGUGUAACGCCGAGAUUAAAAAGCCGAACAGUCGCUCGCGGAUCGAGAGCGGAGGAGCGACUCGUUCAAUCGCGCGCGACGCAUCGGCGCGAGAAUUAUAAAUUCCCUCGGGGGUGAAAUUAUGAACCUCGACGCGAUGAACGUUUCAUCGUGGACGAGACGAAACGAAGCUGGUCGGUCACUCGUGCGAGAAACGAUGUCUCGGAAGAAUUUAUAACGACGAACGGACCGCGAUCGAAUCGUUCUUUGACGACGCGUGCGAAGCUUCCGAGGAGCGUUCGAGCUGGAACUGGAAGCGAAACAACCGUGUGAGAGGUGCGCGGAUACACGCUCGAAAGAAACGGAGAGCGUAAUUCGGACGUUUGACAUAACAUAAUGCGAAUGUACCGAUGCGAAAAAACAUUGACGACCGAAUUGAACGACGUCGUCGUUCCUCGAUGUGAGGGAAACGGGCGUUUGAAUCGAGUCGCUGGAAUUACGGAGGUUAACGAAUUGCUGGAGGAUUCACGGGAAUUUGCUGUUGGAACCGGAACUUGCGACGUCUAACGUCGUGACCAACUCGAGAAUCGAACCAGAGCGGUGAGAGAAAAGAAACGAACAGAAGGCAAGUUGGAAGAUCCAGAUGCAUUCCGGCCGACGACCUCCGAGGAGUGUAUCUUUAAUCAGAAAGAGAACGAAACGGCCAUCGCCGAAUCGAUUUCGGAUCGCGUGCAAGCUGGAAGAAACUGUCGUUUCCUCCGUGCACGAUAAUAUUCGUCGUCCGUCGACAGAGGCGGCUCGUAAGCCGAGUUUCCACGGGUAGACAAGAAUCGGCGAACGAAGAGGCGUGACCGAUUGCCGGAAGUUCCGUUUUCAACGUUUUCCGCCUUCGCCCCAGGCGAUGAGAAACGGCUUCGCGGGACGUGACGCGCUCGACGAAUCCGCGAUCGCGUCGAAUAUGUUGCCCGGUAGUCUCGGUCAGAGACGAUCGUCGCUUCUUUGAGAGAACGCGGUGCAGGGAACAGGGAGAGCGUGCCGAUCGUCGAAGAAAGCAGCGGAAACGAAGGAGAUGUCACGAUCCGCGCGUAAAUAGAAUUUGCACUAGAAACGUAUCGGUGGUCGCGGAAGUAUCUGCGCGGUGUCGUUUCUUUUAAAGGAGGGACGAGAAGAGGCGAGAGUCAUGAGAGAUAAAUUUGUGUUCAACUCGGGGGUGCCGGACAUGCACGAGUCCCUGUCCACUUUUUCGGACCAGUUCAACGGGCCGACCAAGCCGGAAAUAAAACCGGAAGAAGCGAAGGAGCCAACGUGCGGAUGGUUCUGGUUCACGCCGGGGUACCUGCAACGAUUUAGAACCGCGAAAUGGGCACUGUUCUGGUUAUGCUGGACAGGUGCGCUGCAAGGAAUGGUGGUGAACGGUUUCGUGAACGUCGUCAUAACUACGAUAGAGAGGAGGUUCGGUUUGAGAUCGUCGCAGACCGGUCUCAUAGCAGGUGGAUAUGACAUAGCCAGUUUCUUGAUCCUGGUGCCAGUGAGCUAUCUGGGUGGACGCACGAAAGCAUCGAAACCGAGGUACAUAGGCAUAGGUGUUCUAGUAUUAGGCUUAGGGAGUCUGCUCUUCGCUUCUCCGCACUAUCUCGCUGGACCGUACAGAGGUGGUCAACAGUCGGAGAAUAUAUGUCAGAGGGUGACCAACACGUCUUCUCGUUCGCCAGCUUGUAACGGAUCCGUGGGCCAAACGGACCAGGAGCCGUACAGCGGCUUGUACUUGACCAUCUUUCUCGUGGCCCAACUUCUACACGGAGCUGGUUCCGCUCCUUUUUAUACUCUCGGGGUCACGUACAUAGACGAGAACGUGUCGAAAAAGAUGUCAUCCGUCUACGUAGGAAUAUUUUACACAAUGGCCAUAAUAGGGCCUGCGUUGGGGUACGUGAUCGGAGGCGAAUUGUUGAAGAUCUAUACAGACUUCCUCACCGUGGACCCGUCGGAAAUCGGUUUGACGCCGAACAGCAACGUUUGGGUCGGAGCGUGGUGGAUAGGGUUCCUAGGAGCCGCGGUUCUGUGUAUCGCGAUCGCCAUUCCGAUUCUGGCGUUUCCAGCAGCUUUGCCUGGUUCAGAGGAACUGGCGAAGGAGAGGGUAUCGGAGGCGCACCAGAAGCCGAAGGCGUCGUCCUCGAGAGAUCGGGGUGAAGCGCUCUCGAAAAUGCGAGAACUGCCCCGAGCACUGACCGAUCUGCUCGGCAAUCCGGGCUUUUUCAUGUUGAACCUGGCAGGUGCCAGUGAGGGAUUGCUGAUGGCCGGUUUCGCCGCGUUCCUGCCGAAGCUGAUCGAAAAUCAAUUCAACGUCAGCGCAAGCUCGGCCGCGUUACUAAUGGGUCUGGUCACCGUGCCCGCAGGCGGCGGCGGUACCUUCCUGGGCGGUUAUCUCAUAAAACGAUUCAAUUUGCCCUGCUCGGGCAUUUUAAAGUUCUGCUUGUUGGCCACCGCUUCCUGUAUCGCCUUCGCUCUGUGCUUCGUCCUGAGCUGUCCGAAUUUGAACUUCGCCGGAGUCACGGUACCCUAUUCGGAUCAAACCAAAAAAUCUUUCUCGUUGGACGACGCGUGCAACAACGGUUGCGGCUGCUCAAGGUCGGAGUUCAAUCCGAUAUGCGGAGUCGACGGGAUCACGUACUAUUCCCCUUGUCACGCAGGAUGUCAUCGAGGAACGCGGAUAAAUAACGUAGAAGUAUAUUCGGAAUGCAUCUGUAUACGAUCGCCGCCGAUGAAUCUGACUAACGGGAACGACGCGAUCAGUUACGAGGCAACGAACACUACUUGCGACACCUCGUGCUCCUACCUAUGGCCCUUCGUCGCGCUGGCGUUUUGCAACAUGUUCAUAACGUUCCUCUGUACGAUGCCCGCGCUGUCCGCGACGCUUCGCGUCGUACGCGACGAUCAGAGAUCGUUCGCUUUAGGCAUUCAAUGGAUCAAAGUUAGAAUACUGGGCACUAUACCGGCACCAAUGGUGUUCGGUGCUCUCAUAGACGAUACCUGUAUUCUGUGGAACGAAACGUGCGACGGCGGAGGGUCCUGCCUCGUUUACGACAAUUUGUACAUGAGUAGAUACAUGCUCGCGUUAGCCUUUCUCGGCAAAGCGGCGUCUCUACUUUUCUUUUUCCUGGCUUGGUGGACGUACAUCCCCCCGGAAGGCAGGGCCACGGAAAAUUCGCGAGACGAACCAACGACGACCUUGAUGUUGAACGACAACACUCCCCAUGAAGCACCGACCUCACCCGCGACGAUAAACGCUAUAAUCGAUACCUGAACUACUCGAUCUCGCGUUCCGUUCGAGCGCAUAACGACCUCCAACGUUCAGCGAACAGGUUCAAAAGUAUGUACAUAAUUUAUCGUCUCAUUCCAUCACGAUCACGAUCGAAAUUGUUUGCUGGUCAGAAUCUGAUGUCACAGACGCGACGUAUACGUUCUCGACGGUAAAUACAUGUCCUAUUUGUUUUUUGCCAUGAGUACUUCGCGUUUAAGGGUCGACUGUUGGUAAACGAUUUGCAAAUCUUAGGUGCAAGAGUGCUUCAGGAAUUGGUUGGAAGUUGUACAGGUACGUUCGUGUGCGAUAAGUAGAAUGUUCCGCGUGCGAGCUAUUCACUGCCAAAAUUGUAGUAACAUGAAAUAGUCUUCUAACAUUCUGUCGGGUGCCGCGACAAUUCUCUACUUUUUAUAUCGACGGAUGAAACAGACGGGUGUGCCUGUAGUACUCUUCUAUCACGUAUGUCUUUGCAAUCAAAUAGUAACCAGGGUACUUUACGCAGAUGCUGCUACCUACGCUUUUCGUAUUAUUCUAUGAAAAUGAUAGUCAAUAAUGGAUCGAGGAUGGCUAACGAAAUCAUCUACGAUCAUACAUUAUCAUUGAUAUAAUUGUGUCGUUCCCUAUUAUCUGAUCUUGACGUGAUUAAACAGGAGGAACGUAGUUAAUGUUAGAGAUAGAGGAAGUCGUUUUACGUCUUAUUUAUGCAGUAUAUAUGUACGUAAUUGUUAUAGCAAACAGCUAGAUAGACGAUUGUAUCACUGAAAGAAAAACAUUGUUUUUCAUAGGAUUAAAUCAUAUUCGUACUAUGUCGUUGCUUGUAUAAAAACGAACAUGUGUAUGAUAGUACCGUGUACCGAUGUCACAGCGAAUGUAUCGAUGUUUAUAAGAGAUAUAACAUAGUUCCGACAUCGACUCUGGCACAUCCCAUUUUACACGUUGAAUAAAAUAUGUAUACAUGUAACUUUGGAAUCCCGUACGUAAGAUUUUAUACGUCGCGUUCAAAUGUAUCCGCAGGUGCGUAACACGCACAUAGAAUGCGAAUAUAUUUAGUUAUUUAGACAUCGAAGAAGCGAAGGAUGUCGAGCGCUUUUUAAAAACAGUAUUCAUAAAAAUUGAGGCGACGAAACCGUCAUUCGUAUCGGUUUCACGCAUCGAGCUCGGCGUACAGCUCAAUGGUUUGAUAUAAAACAUUUUAUGCGAUUUCUAAUUGUAAUUAUUUUUGUUAUAAAGGAAUAAUGUGUGUCUAGCACGUGUAUUAUACGUGUCGUCAAUAAAGAACCAGUAACGUAUAAGAUAAAA